AUGCCGCUGGAGGCGCAGGACGCCGCGUACGUGGCCCUGGAGCUGGCCGUCGCCGCGCUGUCGGUGGCGGGCAACGUGCUGGUGUGCGCGGCGGUGAGCACGUCGAGCGCGCUGCAGACGCCCACCAACUACUUCCUGGUGUCCCUGGCGGCGGCCGACGUGGCGGUGGGGCUGCUGGCCAUCCCCUUCGCCGUCACCAUCAGCCUGGGCUUCUGCACGGACUUCCACGGCUGCCUCUUCCUCGCCUGCUUCGUGCUGGUGCUCACGCAGAGCUCCAUCUUCAGCCUGCUGGCCGUGGCCGUCGACAGGUACCUGGCCAUCCGCGUCCCGCUCAGGUAUAAAAGUUUAGUCACUGGAACACGAGCAAGAGGGGUCAUUGCUGCCCUCUGGGUCCUUGCCUUCGGCAUCGGACUGACUCCAUUCCUGGGGUGGAACAGUAAAGACAGUGCUACCAACUGCACGGAGCCCUGGGAUGGAACCAUGAAUGAGAGCUGCUGCCGUGUGAAGUGUCUUUUUGAGAAUGUGGUCCCCAUGAGUUACAUGGUGUAUUUCAAUUUCUUUGGGUGUGUCCUGCCACCACUGCUCAUAAUGCUGGUGAUCUACGUCAAGAUCUUCACAGUGGCCUGCAGGCAGCUUCAGCGCACCGAGCUGAUGGACCACUCCAGGACCACCCUCCAAAGGGAGAUCCACGCGGCCAAGUCGCUGGCCAUGAUUGUGGGGAUUUUCGCUCUGUGCUGGCUGCCAGUACAUGCCAUCAAUUGUGUCACUCUUUUUCAGCCAGCUCGGGCUAAGGAUAAGCCCAAGUGGGCAAUGAAUAUGGCCAUUCUCUUGUCACAUGCCAAUUCAGUUGUCAAUCCCAUUGUCUAUGCCUACCGGAACCAAGACUUCCGCUAUACUUUUCACAAAAUCAUCUCCAGGUAUGUUUUCUGCCAGACAGAUGUCAAGAGUGGGAAUGGGCAGGCCAGGGCACAGCCUGCGCUCAGUGUGGGCCUAUGACCGAGGCCCUGGCCUCUUCAAGAAGGCACAGGUUCACCAUAAACAAAGGGACAGAACAUGACAGGCUGCUUCUCACUGGCACCUCACAGGCAUAGAUGCUGCCUCUUCCGAGCACAUCCCUGGAGUUACCACAUAUCUAGCUAGUAUGUAUGUGUCAUUAGUAGGUGCCAAUGGUUGACAGUUAUAUUUAUGGUUCUUUCUUGCUGUUCUUACUGUGUGGAUGAUGCUGAAGCCUUGAAGGAUUCUAAAAGAUUAUUUUGUUUUUAAGAGUCUGCCUCAUUCAUCAUGGAAAAUGACCGAAAAUAUUUUAUUAUGAAACAAACACUGUGAACUACUAUAAUGCACAUUUUUUUUAACUUAGAGGUAAUGGAAAAAUAAAAGUUCGCUGUACUAAAAAUGUAUACUUGUACCUAGGAAGGUGACCAGGAAAAUUAAAAGUAUAAUUCUUCAAUCAAGAAACUGCCAUAUUGGAC